AUGAACGCUUCUUUCUUCUCUUGCUCUGACGUAAAGUUAAAUGAUUACGCCACCUCCCAAGAUGUGCGCGGGGUUAUCCCAGCCUUCGAGGUGAUGGCUGGCGGACAACUCAUCCUUUGGGACCGAGAGAACGAUUGGGUUCUCAUCACGGGCAUUUGGAAGGCCCUUGGAAAGAGUAAGGCUGAUGUGCUGAAGGUUGUGGGUGCAAAUCCCGGCCUUCCCAUGAAGAAGAUCAGAGGCGGCCGCUUGGCAAUCCAAGGCACUUGGUUGCCUAUGGAGAGUGCUCGCGCCCUUUGCGUGAAGAACGCUUGGCCUUUGAGGCACGGUCUUGUUCCUUUGUUUGGG